CAAGCUCUGUACCGGCUACAUUGCUAAAAUUAUUAAAAACCAUCUUUAAUUCGAAUAUGGAAAGUUAUAAACAAAAAAUAUUAGAGAUUUUGGUAUAGCUAUAUGACUGUCGAUUCGAAUCGAAGUUUUUAAAAGAAUUGCCAGUGAUUCUGACAUAAUUUUAAUUUGGAACUGUUUUCUGCUUUUGUGUAGUGUUUAUUAGAACUUUAUCUGCAUAUUCAGGUUCGAUCGAAAGAUUGUCUCCAUCAUCGAAACACCGACUAAAAUACGCUAUUUAUUAUAUCAACAUUAAUUGUCUAAAAUGUCUGUGUAUUCUAUUGAAGAUAAAAUUUUUAUAGAGCAAUUUGUGACUCAAAAUUCUUUGGAUGCAUUUUCAACGGAAAAUGAAGAAAAAUGGCAAGAGCUCGGUAAUGUAAUGAAUCGCAACUGGGAAGACAUUCGUAAAAUGUACAAAAACUGGAAAAUUCAAAACGAUAAAUCUGAAUCUGCAAAUGAAUUAAAAAACAAUGAUCAAAGAGAAUGUCAAAAUCUGGAUUUUGUAAUUGAUGAACUUCUGUCAACUAGUGAAUCAGAAAUGAUGAAUCAAUAUGUGAAUAUCGAUGGCCAGUGGAUAAAAACUGAUCAAUUGCACUAUAUUUUUGAAGCUACACUUCCAAUACAAUCAAUUAAUAAUAUAAAUGACAGUUCUGUACAAUCUUUAUCUGAAAAAUUUUCAUCAUCUUUACAAUCAAAUAUACAAUCUUCUUCAGAAAAACGUCCAAUAGAUGUAUUAAGAUUAGAAGCAAAUUCUGACUUUGUAAAAAUUUUUGAAAAACAAUCCCUUCAAGAACUUGAGUUCAAGAGACAAGAACAUGAAGAAAAAAUGAUGGUCUACAGACAACAGCUUAUCCAAGGAGCUGAAGUGCACAAAGAAAGAAUGAAACUUCUGAGAGCAAAGUUAAGAGCAAUUGAAGAGAAAGUUGAUUAUAUUGAUAGUACAAUAUGUAAUAGAAAUUUGAAAAAAAAAUUCAAAAAUGGUUCUAUUUAAGUCAGAUCCAAUUGUAAUUACAAUUUU